GAAUCAGCGGCUCGGCACGCCAGUGAAAAAUCCGCUUGCAUCACGAGCACACUGAAACAGAGUAGAGGAGCGAUCUUUGCUGUUGUUUCCCAUGGCGACCGCGGCUGAGGAAGCUGCACCGGCCGUUGCCGUUGCGCCGGCGCCGGAGAAGGUGGCUGAGGUGAAGGAGGCGGCCGCUGUGGAGACGCCGGAGAAGGUGGAGGAGGCGCCGAAACCUGCGGAGGGGGAGGGGAAGAAAGCAGAGGAUGGGGAGGAGAAGAAGGCAGAGGCGGGGAAGAAGGCGCGGAAGCCGCGCAGCAGGAAGCCCAAGUCCGCCGGGCCGCACCACCCGCCCUACUUCGAGAUGAUCAAGGAGGCGAUCCUGUCGCAGGACGGCAAGGCGGGGGCGAGCCCGUACGCGAUCGCCAAGCACAUGGAGGAGAAGCACCGGGACGUUCUCCCGGCCAACUACCGCAAGGUGCUGGCCGUGCAGCUGCGCAACUUCGCCGCCAAGGGUCGGCUCGUCAAGGUCAAGGCCUCCUUCAAGCUCGCCGCGGCCGAGGAGAAGAAGGCCGCCUCCGCCACGAAGGCGAAGCCAACGCCGGCGCCGGCGGCUGCGGCUCCCAAGCGCAAGAGGACCGCGGUCCCCGCCGCGGCCGCCAAGAAGAAGCCGGCGGCCCCCGCGGAGGCGAAGAAGGCGCGCGCGAAGCGGGCGAGGAAGGCGGCCCCGGCGCCGGCGCAGCCGAUGCCGAAGCCGAAGCAGCAGCAGACCAGGCCCGUGCGCGCCGCCGUCGCCAAGAAGGCCGCCGCCAACAAGGCCAGCGCCUGAUGAACCGCCGCCGCCAGUGCUCUGUUUCGUUUUGGUCCCGUGUGCGCGCCGCCGUGUACAGCUAGUAGUUGUCGUCGUCGUUAAGCAGUUGUAGUGGUCGUCUCCGGCAGCUCGAUCGGGCCGAGCGCUCUGCUCCGCCGCUCGCUAGACCUUGUGUUGGAUUGUAAAUACCGAAACCCUGCGGGGGGUGAUGCCAAUAAGCGCGCGCUUGAAGCUUCUUUUGCUGGUGCUUGGAAGAAGAUGCCCGUGUGGUGAUAUGCUAGUUAUCUGGACUGUUGACCAUCGUGCUAGUUCUAA